CUCGUCUCUCUCUCUCUCUCUCUCUCUCUUCUCCCGGCACUUCACCGGCAAUGGCGAAAGAGAGAGAGAAGAAGCUGCUUCUGCCUCCUGGCGUACUGGGUAACUAUACAGCAGAGCUCAAGCUUCUUCUCAUCACUCUUCUUCUUCUCUGUUCGGUCGCUACUCUGCUUCAGUUUAUCCCUUCUCGUUUCACCAUCUCUGCUUCAGAUCUCCGCGUUUGCAUCUCACGUGUCUCCCAAGUGCCUCCUGCUUCUUCUUCGUCUUCCUCUAAUUCGUCCUCUGCCUCGCAGAAAUCUGUAAAGCUAUCUUCACCGCCAUCUCUUCCCCUUCCACCUCCUCCCGAAGAGAAGGAACGUGUUCUCGAGAAUGGAAUCAUCAAGAGAGUUUUCAAGCCCUACGGUUCAGCAGCUUACAAUUUCGUCACCAUGAGUGCUUACAGAGGAGGUCUCAACAAUUUCGCCGUUGUGGGUUUAUCUUCCAAGCCUCUUCACCUUUAUGGCAAGCCCACUUAUGAGUGCGAGUGGCUUCCUCUGGUCCGCGACGACUCUGCUAAACCCAUAACCACUGUCGCUUACAAGAUUCUCCCGGACUGGGGCUAUGGUCGCGUGUACACCGUCGUGAUAGUGAACUGUACCUUCUCGCAGCCCGUCAAUGUCGACAACUCCGGCGGGAAAUUGAUCCUCUGCGCUUCCACAUCCGGCGGAGGCGACACGAAUUUCAAUAUUACUGACAGAAUGGAGGUUCUAACGGAGGCUCCAGGAAGCAUGGACGCUUCGAUUUUCACAUCGGAGCCUAAGUACGACUAUUUCUAUUGUGGGUCAUCGCUAUUCGGAGGCUUGAACCCGCGCAGAGUGAGAGAAUGGAUCGCUUACCAUGUCAAGUUCUUCGGACCGAAGUCGCAUUUCGUGAUUCACGAUGCCGGUGGGAUUCACGAGCAAGUGUUGGAGGUAUUGAAGCCCUGGAUUGAACUGGGCUACGUGACGUUGCAGGAUAUAAGAGACCAAGAGAGAUUUGAUGGGUAUUAUCACAACCAGUUCAUGGUGGUGAAUGAUUGUUUGUUCAGAUACAAGUUUAUGACUAAGUGGAUGUUCUUCUUUGACGUUGACGAGUACAUUUAUGUGCCGCCUAAGAGUACCAUCAAAAGUGUCCUCGCUUCGCUUUCUGAAUACUCACAAUUCACCAUUGAACAAAGGGCCAUGAGCAGCAAGCUCUGCCUCUCUGCUGAUGCCAGCAGAAUGUACAGGAGAUGGGGCAUUGAGAAAUUUGUGUACAGAGAUGCGAGGAAAGGCAUUAGGAGAGACAGGAAAUACGCAGUGCAACCUCGGAGGCUGUUUGCUACAGGAGUUCACAUGUCUGAGAAUGUGCAAGGGAAGACGACUCACAAAACAGAAGGGAAGAUCAUGUACUACCAUUAUCAUGGAACCAUUGCAGAGAAGAGAGAAUCUUGCAGAAUGCUUCUGAAUUCAACACAUGCCACAUUUGAGAAAACCCCUUAUGUGAUGGACACCACCAUGAGAGACCUUGCUGGUUUCAUCAGGAAAUUUGAGGCCAAGAUGAUUGGUUCUAGGUUACAGAAGCCUCUCCAAUGACACUACUCUUCAUCUCCUUCAUCAUCUCUUUUCUUUACAAAUUCCUUCUGAGCCUUUUCUUCUUUUUUCCCUUUUUUAAAUUUGGAAUUCUGUGUAUGAUAUCUUUUGUUUUUUCCCCCUCCCCAUGCUCCUUGCGUAUAGAUUAUUCAGAUGGGUAUAUGUUCUUGUUUUAUUUUUAAUAAUGAUUCUUUUGGUUUCUUCUA